AUGAGCUCAAAACAACCUUGCAAAUCUGAACCGGACCUCCCAGUACCACCACUGCCCACCCUUUCCCGCCCCCACUCCUCUAACAGCCCCACCACCGUCUCCAACCGCCGUGUCGCCAUAGCGGUGGACCUUUCCGACGAGAGUGCAUAUGCAGUCAAAUGGGCAGUACGGAACUACCUCCGACCAGGCGACGCCGUGAUACUCCUCCACGUGCGGCCAACCUCCGUGCUCUACGGCGCUGAUUGGGGGUCAAUUCAACGCCAAAUCAAUAGCAACAACACCCCUUUUGAGCAAGAUGCGUUAAACAGUCCUGAUGAUCAAGAAAGGCAGAAACUUGAGGAUGAUUAUGAUAGUUUUACCAAUAACAAAGCCAAUUUGUUAGCUAAGCCGUUGUUGGAGGCUAACGUUCCUUUCAAGAUUCAUAUAGUGAAGGAUCAUGACAUGAAAGAGAGGCUUUGUUUGGAAGUUGAGAGGUUGGGGUUAAGUGCUGUGAUAAUGGGAAGUAGAGGUUUUGGUGCUACAAGAAAGAAGGGAAGUGGUAAAGGAGGAAGUGUUGGUGGUGGGAGGUUAGGGAGUGUUAGUGAUUAUUGUGUGCAGCAUUGUGUUUGUCCUGUUGUUGUUGUUAGGUGUAGUGAUGAUGGUAAAGAAGAAGUGAGUGUGAAAAGAGGAGAUGUUGGUGAGGAGGUAGAGGAAGGUCUUCAUCCUGUGCCUGAGGAGGAUCAAGAGGAGUGUGUUGAUGAUGAGCUGAAAGAUAAUUCUAGUGCACCAACAAGCUUGAGUGACAAAACACUGACAGAAAACCACAAAUCCAAACAAAGUAACAUACCGACCAGACUUUGGAAAGCAUAA